ACAAGCAUGUAGACGUCCGUCGCCGUCGGAGGCGACGCAAGACAGAAGCUCGAUUUCCUAUCACCACGGACGUCACACAAUGUUGCAGCGCGACUGAGAUUGUCAGGAAAGCCCGCGGCUCAUUUACCGACCAGUGAAUGGCACAGAAGCUCGUGCUGUGUGGAGUCAAUUUGUAGCUGGGACAGCGCGGAAAGGACAUAGCGGAUUCCCCCGGUGCGCUGCUGUACCAGUGUCGAACUCUGGAGGCCACUACAACCGCAGUGGCGACAGGAAGGUCUUGGCCACGCCAGAAGUCGUCUUCGCAGAGCAGAACUUUGCAACGCUUCAGGUUGUGGAACGUCGCUUCCGCAGGUUGUAGGACCUCGGUUAUCGGGAACAGCCUCGUCUGAAGAAGAUCGCGUGAGAGUUCGCCAGAGGCAGAAGUUGUUGCGCGGAACUGGGUUAGUGACGAGAAGAUCGUGUGAAACAUUGGGAUCGCUUGGGACCAGUAAGUUGCCCAGGGUGUCCGAAGCACGAUGUUCGCGUGACGACGUUCUUCUCAAGUGACGUUUCCGCCGUCCUCAAGGAGAUCUCAAGAUGCAGAUGGGAUCUAGUCGUACGCGCAAAAUCAGCGCUGGCUCGGUUCCGUGCGUGGUAUGUCGACACGCCAGCUUCGAUGUGAUGCCCGUAGGCCCCCGGUACGGCGGCUGCAUCGGCAGGCGACCUUCCAAGGCCAACCUCAUGCAAAGCCGCUUGCAGCACAACGCGAAUGGCCUGCUGCGUCUGACAGGCUACCGCAAACGGCGAGCGGACAUCUUGAGCGUGAUGGAGAACUACCGGCAGUCGACGCUGAGCCGGCUGACGGCCUGGUGCCUAUGGUUCGGCCACCUCAUUCUGCACCCGACCAGUGCCUGGAAGUCGAGCACGCUGUGGCACAAAGUGCAGCUAUUCUUCUGCUACAUUCUCAGCUGUAUAUCUGUGGGCUACCACGAGAAGAAGACACUGCUCGAGUGGGUCAGGAGCCGGGUGAAAAAUUAUCCCGUUCCUGACAACUUCUCUUCGGGCUGGAAGGACGGCAUCCUGCUGUGCGCGCUGCUCGAUUCCAUGUACCCGGGUUCGUGUCCUCGCUACGACCUGCUCAACGCAGAUAACUGCAUCAGCAACGCUCAGCUGGCCUUCUUUCUCCUAGAGAAGCACACGCCCAUUAGACCGGACAUCACCGCGGAGGAGCUGGCUGAAGGCAGCCCGAACAUCGAGAAGGCUGUGCGUGCCAUUGUUUCUCGACUGAAGGUGAUAUCCGCCAAGGCUCAGCUGCAACAGGCGCUGGGCAAACGGCCUUCCAUAAAAGACGAUGGCGGCGAAGACUCUAGUAGCCUCGUGGCGCGCAAGAACUGCUUCGCCAAGGGCAUGGGCCUCAUCCUCGCCGUGCGAGGACGCAAGGCCAGCUUCAACGUGUUCACCAAGUCCACCAGCAACUUCUGCAUCGUUGUCGAAAUCCGUGGUCCAGACAACACGGUCUGCAAGGAAAUCAUCACCAACAAGUCGCCGCGACGCAAGGUCACAGCGAACAGCCCGGAGGCCGACAAAAGCGCGCCGGACGGAGCUGGUCAGGACGACAAGAAGAUCCUAAUCGAGUACGACAUCCAUCCGGGUAUGGUGGCCGUCAAGUACACACCCGUUCUUAAAGGCAAGCACCAGCUGAGCAUCAUCUGGCACGGACAGCACCUGGCCGGAAGCCCGUUCACGGUGAACGUGGACGACUCUACCGACUACGCGGACGACUUGCUCCUCCAGAGACAAGAUUCGGUCGAAUCGCAGAGCUCCGAGAAAGAUGAGAAGCUUUACCCCGCUCCAGCGAGCCCCACCUCGGCAGCGCAGCUCAAAGGAAAGAUCAAAAGGCGCCGCGUGUUGCGCAGGAUCGUCAACGUCAAUGGCCAGGACAUCGUCAUCGAAGGAGACGACAAGGACAAGCUCUGCGAGGUACUGCGAUCCUUGUCGUCCAACGUGUUCAGGCAGAACGGUGGCGACUAUAGCUCGGGACGCGAGAAGCGCACCGCUGCGACGGCCGACGGUACGCGCGUCGCCAAGCCUUUCUUCUCACCCGCGAGCAGUCCGGAGUCGUCUCCAGACACCUACAGCUACGUGGACUACGGCAAGUCCCUGUGGGAGCGGUCCAAGCACGCUCCUUCCAAGCUCGCAAUGCCGGAGAUCAUCGUCUCCUCGUGCAGCCCGCACGCUAGCGAAGAAGAGCGCACUCCUGAGAUUGUCGCUGAAGCUUCGGCUGACCGGCGUUGUCCAGAUGCGCUCGGCGGAAGAGCGUCCCCGACUGUCAAUGUUUCACUGAGUGGCAGAGCUUCUCCGUGUGGAACAGUGUCCCCAAGUGGAACCAUCACUCCAAGUGGAAGAGUGUCACCCAGCGGGACGCUCACUCCGAGCGGCAGGGUGUCGCCUUGUGGAAGGACAUCCCCGAACGCAUUUCCUGAGGUCAGCGAGUUCGACGAGUUUUCUUCCGCCACACUAAACUCCGCAGGCGGAGGAAGCAGUGCUGCGCGGGCACUCUUUGUGAGCGAUAUGUUGCGUCAAGAGACGGGGCUGCCUUACAGUGUGGCAUCGCACGAGCUGGAGGGGGUUGCACAUCUGCCCUCAGAGGGUGAAGGCGGCGAUGCAACGUUCGUCGGAGCGGAGUCACCUGCAGUGAACGAUGACCUUGUGGAGUGCGCGGCGCACAAGCAGCUGGAGAGGACCCUAUCAAUAAUAUCAGAGGAGAGCGACAAGUCGCCUUCCGAUCAAAUGGAGUCGCCGGAAUCGGGGGAUAGCGCGGACAAGAUCGACACCCCGCCUUCGUAUGAGUACCCCGUUACCGAAGCAGACGGUGACUUCAAGCCUAGUCAGCUGCAACCCGAUGAGACUGCAUUCGCGAGCCGUCCUGUUCCCUCUGAAAGACAUAGCCGGAUGUCGGUUCUCGAGAGAGCGAAAUCACUAGAGAGUGCGUGUCCUCAGCCGUCCCCUGUGAAGAGGCAGCUAUCUCAGUUCGACGUGUCGUUGUCUCAGCAAGCACCGUUGUCAAAACUAGACGAGUUAUACCUCGACACUGUGAAGCUGAAGCAAUUCUUCACUGAAAACUUCAAGAAGACAAUGCAAACAAGCAGCACAACGCAUACCUUCAUCUCCUCGGGCGAUCGCGAUGAGUUCGUGUCUGUGAGGGACAUGGUGAAAGUGUGGGAACAUCGGCAAAGCCCGAACCAGUGCGGUAGCCCUGAGCAGGUCAGCCCACGCGGCGAUGCCAACGGACGACAGGGCGUCGAGAGGAGGUUUAGAGUAACACAGGUCGCAGCUUCUAGUAAGGAAAACGAACCAGAUUUAGUCAAAGACGCUAUUCAUCCGCAAGCCGCUCGUCGUCAGCUCCCGUGCUCGGUGGACAGUGGCGACGGGUCCAGCGGUCAGUCGUCAGAGGACAAAGGGACGACGACUUGGAGUGAUAGAGCGCUGUACAACAAGACACAGCGGCAGCGCAGAUGCAACACGCAGGACACCCUCCGGUUUCCCCACUACUGUAGAGCAGAUCGCCACGGCAACACAUGCCGUCCACCGACGGAACUGGACAGGACGCCGGUCCAGUAUGGCUCCGACAAGGGAGAUCGAGGUUCUGUCACAAUCUGUUGCGACGUCAACGGCCCCAGCAGCAGCACUGCGCAUUCUACGACGCGACCGGUCAGCCCGACGCUAGUCGCACUGCGGAAGCGAAACGCCCCUCUGUGCGACUUUCGCGACAAUCAUCUACGACAACGCGAGUCUUACCGGAGACCUUCGUACGAGUUUUGGUUCGGCGCUCACAGCGAAGAAGGGGGCGGUGAGUGCAGCCGCGCCACCGAGAACGCCGACCGAGAUUGUCUGCUCAGGAGACAUCCUUCAACGGCAGCAGGUCGGUCUGACGAAGAUGCUUCCGAAGAGGAGGACUAUGCCGAAUCCGAAGACGGCAGUGCUUACAGUUCUUCGUGCGAGUACGGUUCCGAAUACAUUGACGACGCACUGCACGACUCUUCCCUGAUCCUGGAAUCCUACGCCUCGUUCGAGCUGGUCAAAUCCUCGAGCGAGGUGGUGGGCGGCCUCUACUACGACUGCAGGGAGCCAGACGACGAGCUGUUCGCCGAGCCAACUUCUCGCCCCGAGAAGUGCCUGGCUUCCGGUGCACGGCUCUACUUCGGACAGGUCGGCACCGAAAAUCACUUCCAGGUUAGCACGAAGGACGCCGGCAAGGGACCCCUCUCGGUCAGCGUGCAAGGCCCCAACGCCGGCUCCGUCAUAAACGUCUCGGUCACCUACUGCGGCCAAGACGAGUACACAGUCACGUACAAAGUCAUUGAGCCAGGAUACUACAUCAUCCACAUCAAGUGGGCUGAGUGGCCCAUACCGGACAGUCCAGUGAUGUGCAAAGUGACUGCGUGAGCCUAGCGCACCGGAUGCUCUCGGAACAGCAGAGACUCGCUGCGAGCACUGGUCAACACCGCAGCGGAACUCCUUUCCGAGAAUGUGUGCGCGCGUCGUUUCGGUCUUCUACGUUCCUCUACGCAACGGAAGGGUUGCAUGUGCAGUGUACAGAAACUCCUGAUCACGAAACCUUAAUUUAUUGCGAGUCAUUCGCACACAUCACAUCCAUUCACCGCUAAAUAAAGCAUUCAUGAUAUGUUUACUAUGCACACUGA